AUGCCCAAGUUUGACACAUACUUCGACGACUUAACUUCUUGCUCGCUACUUAGCUUCCUGGAGCACAAGCGUCCAACAGAAAAAAGCAAAGCUUACAGUGUGUACAAAGGAGCACUUAUUUCUAUUGCUAAAGACGAUACCACCAAGCCAGAAAGAAGAACGUUAGCACGAGCUUGUCUAAAUGUUUUUGAGGAACAAACUAAUUCAGUGGCAGUGAAACAAUACUGGAUGGAUCUGGCAAAGGAUCAACUGGAGAAUGAGAUUUAUCUCGAAGAGGAUACACGAAAUCACGGUCGUUUACUACGAAAAACAAUUACAGAAAGGCUUGAAAUACGAAGUGCCUCAGAAGUCGAAGAAAAGUCUGAUGAAGAUUUCCAACCAAUUCAACCAAAGCGGAAAAAAAAUCCAUCAUUAUUGUUAUCAAAAAAGGAUGAUAAACCGGUUGGCACAGUUAAGAAGGCCAAAACCAAAGAAAAGGACAACGAUGAUAAUCCAUUCUUUAAUACAGAAAGAUCUACAAGUUACACUUCAGGAUCAUCAACGCCGUGUUCAACACCGCAGACCAUUACUUCAGACAAAAAUGAUGAAUCUGUUGUUGAUUAUGCCCAAGAUACUGAGGCCACGAUAAUUGAUGAAACAGUGGAAACAUUGGCCAAAGAAAGCCUCACUAGAAAUGGAGAAUGGAUAGUUGGUUUUGAUAAAACAAAUGUUUGUGAGUCAUUAAAAAAAUGGAAGUGCGAAAAGGAUCGUCCCCAUAAUGAUCUUGCAUAUUACGACAUUAUUGACCUCACACCCGGAACAAAUAGUGAUUUUGUCAACUCAUUAUCGCAAUGCGAAUAUGAAGAAAUGAAAAGUUUCGAUCCUUCAAAACUACCCAAUAUUAAUACUGACGAGAUCAAAGAAUUAAUCGUUAAAAUGGUCAAGGCGUCUGAUUUUCGAAAAGAAGUCAAUGAAAACUUCCUAUCAACAAGAGAUGAUGAAAGUAAAGAAUUCGUGUGGGAUUUUGCAUAUCAGCUUGCUAAUUCUUUUGAUCAUGGAAAUGACCUUCUCAAUCCCAAUAUGUCAGAAAGGAUGUAUCGAGAAACUUUCUUAACACCUGUAAUUCGGAGUUUAUUUCGAAAAAAAAGUACGGAUUUGGAUCUCUUUUUCGGUGAGGUAUGCUUAUACGCAUCAGCUGAAGAUGCUGAUUUAAAAAAGAACGAUGCAGAAGAACGAAGUUCCGGACGAAAGAUCGAUGUUAUCUGGGCAACAAAACCUCCAAAAAUUGAAUUUGCUAUUGUGAGGAUAGUUCGAGUCCAUGGUGGAGAUAGUUCAUUUUUCAGUUUAUUGAAACUUUAUGGCUUGCAGAUAUAUGAUCACAAUGCAAUUGUAUACGAAAUGACUGUACCGUUUCGAGGAUUAUAUUUAUUUAGGGAAGUUGCACGAUCACAAUUACCAACCAGUCAAAUCAAUAUAGUGCAGAUGCGUCAAUGCAUACCAAUGUUCCUUUUAUUUAAAGAAAUACUUAUGGAAAGUUUAAAUAAUUUACAUAAAUAUAUUAUGGAGGCGGGCUUACAUACACCAUCUGAAAAGAUUAAGGCAUCUCUAUUUGUUACAGAAAUGACGUAUACACCUACAUCAAAGAAAGUUGGUAAUAAAGAA